UCUUCAUUCCUCUCUCUGUGGCUCUUCUCUUCUCUGUUCCAAUACAUACCACUCUUAACGGAGAUGGAGACACGCGCCGCCGCAAAGAGAAGAGCCACCGCCCCCACCCAACUUGAGAUUCAGCACCUCAAGAAGCAGCGUGUUGUCUUGGCCGAACUCCCCAAUUUACCCAACCUCAUUCAAUCCCCCAUCAACAGGAAACCCCAUUCCACCAUUGAAGCAAAAUCACUCAAGUUCCACGAUCCCAGUCUUAUCGACGCGCCUUAUGUUUCCGACAUACAUAGCUAUCUUCAUUCAAUGGAGAUGGAGAAGAAGAGAAGGCCAAUGGUUGAUUACAUUCAAAAAGUUCAGAAAGAAGUUACCGCUAACAUGAGAGGUGUAUUGGUGGAUUGGUUGGUAGAGGUUGCAGACGAGUACAAACUUCUCUCAGAGACUCUUUUUCUCUCUGUUUCUUACAUUGAUAGAUUUCUAUCUAUAAACCCUGUUUUUCGAUCCAAGUUUCAGUUACUCGGUGUUUCCUCCAUGCUCAUUGCAUCGAAGUAUGAAGAAAUCAACCCUCCCAAUGUAGAGGAAUUCUGCUACAUCACUGAAGAUACAUACACGAAAUCACAGGUUGUACGGAUGGAAGCUGACAUACUCAAAUCCCUAAAGUUUGAAAUGGGGAACCCUACUGUUAAGACCUUUCUAUCUAUGUAUUCAGGAAUUGCUUCUAUAGAUAAAAAAAUUAAGAAUUCUCAGGUUGAAUUUUUGAGCUGCUAUCUUGCUGAGCUAAGUCUUUUGGACUAUGAUUGUGUGAAAUUCUUGCCUUCUAUGGUAGCUGCUUCGGUUAUAUUUCUUGCCAGAUUUAUUAUCUGGCCUGUGGUGCAUCCUUGGACUUCAUCCUUGUGUGAAUGCUCCGGAUAUACAUCGCUUGAACUUAAAGAAUGUGUUCUGAUCUUACAUGACUUGUAUUUGUCGAGAAGGGCAGCAUCUUUAUCAGCUGUUCGGGACAAAUACAAGCAGCACAAGUUCAAAUGGGUUGCAAAUCUGUCUUCCCCACCAAGUAUACCAACUUCUUACUUUAAAGAAGAGUGAUGCAGUGAGAGUACCUCAUUGAAUUUGUUAAGCGAUGGGAGGUUGCUAUGCUCCUCACAAGGUGCAUGCCAUUUUUAUCUAUGCUAUGAAAGGAGCUAUUAAUUUGGCAUUUGGCUAUCAACUUCAUUGGACCAAACACCAUUGGGAUUGGGAUGGUGAAUGGUACUCAGCAUAUGGCACAACACAGGCCAAAGCAUUAAACAGUCGCAUGCAAAAGUGUUUUUCCAAUUUAUUGCUAGCGGAUUCUUU